UCCGGGCCCCUCUAUCUCUACGUCCUCCGAACUCGUUGCCCGCAGUCCCCCGCCGAGGAGGGAGAGAGCCUCGGGGCGCGCCAUGGCCCGGGACCGCCGCGGCGGCCGGGCGGGGGUGAGGAGCCUCUCGCCGUUCGCUCCGCGCGCGCUGCCUCGGCUGCUGCUGGGCCGGCCGGAGUCGGCUUCUUCCGUGUGAAGGCAGGCGGCUCGGCUUCUCCGACGCCCCCAUGGCCUCCUCCGAGGCGCCGUCGCCCGCUUUGUCGCCCGCUUUGUCGCCUUCUCCGUCCCCCGAGCCCGAGCUGGCCAAGCUGCGGCGCAAGGUGGAGAAGUUGGAGCGCGAGCUGCGCAGCUGCCGGCGCCAGGUGCGGGAGAUCGAGAAGCUGCUGCACCACACCGAGCGGCUGUACCACAGCGCCGAGAGCAACAACCGGGAGCUCCGCACGCAGGUAGAAGAACUCAGUAAAAUACUCCAUUGUGGAAGAGCUGAAGAUAGUAAAAAGUCUGAUGUAGAAGUUCAAACAGAGACUCACCCUCCUUGGUCCACUUCAGACUAUUAUUAUCAGACAUACUAUAAGGAUGCUAGUCUUCCAAAUAAAGAAACUGAGCUCUUGGUUCAUCAAGAUCAGGAUGCCAGUUCUAAAGACCAGUCGGAAAUAGAAACUGAUGCUUAUUCAGGUACUGAGAUAACAGAAAAUAAUAGAUAUGGACAAGAAGACCAUUUUGCCUCAAAUUCUCAGGAAACAGCAUCUGUAUUAGCCACAGAAGAUACUCACUUAGAAGGUUCAUCAUUAGCUGAAAGUUUGAGAGCUGCAGCAGAAGCUGCUGUAUCACAGACUGGAUUUAGUUAUGAUGAAAAUACUGGACUGUAUUUUGACCACAGCACUGGUUUCUAUUAUGAUUCAGAAAAUCAAUUGUAUUAUGAUCCUUCCACUGGAAUUUAUUAUUAUUGUGACGUGGAAAGCGGUCGCUAUCAAUUUCAUUCUCGAGUAGAUUUGCAGCCUUAUCAGACCUCUGGCACAAAACAAGGUAAAGAGAAAAAAUUAAAGAAGAAAAGAAAGGACCCAGAAUCUUCUACAGCAAAUGAGGAUUUUAAUUCAGAAGAUCAGAAAGCAUUCAGUGCUGAAUACAAAAGCUGCAGUGAUGGAGAAGAUUUUGCAAAUGUGAGAAAGAAGGCCAGAACAGAUACGCAUUACAAAAAUAGUUCCUCCAAGUUCACAGUUCCAUUUACUGGAAAAACUAUAGAUUCUCCUCUCCGUGAAAACAUAAAGUAUUCAACUUCAUUUAAAUAUGAAAAAAUCAUAGAGACUGAUAGUGAACCAGAAGAAGGAGAAAUUACAGAUUCUCAGACUGAUGAUAGUUAUGAAGAAGAUGUUACCAGUGAAGACAAUGUAACUGCAGAAGACACUGAGGAUGAAGAUGAAGAAAAAAUUUGGCCUCCAUGUAUCAGAGUAAUUGUUAUUAGAUCACCAGUUUUGCAGACAGGAUCACUUUUUAUCAUUACAGCUGUAAAUCCUGCUACAAUUGGAAGAGAAAAAGAUAUGGAACAUACUGUUCGAAUCCCUGAAGUUGGUGUCAGUAAGUUUCAUGCAGAAAUUUAUUUUGACCAUGACUUACAAAGUUACGUUCUUGUGGAUCAAGGCAGUCAAAAUGGUACUAUUGUUAAUGGAAAACAAAUUCUUCAGCCAAAAACUAAGUGUGACCCUUAUGUACUUGAGCAUGGAGACGAGGUGAAAAUUGGAGAGACAGUGUUAUCUUUUCACAUUCACCCUGGCAGUGAUACCUGUGACGGCUGUGAACCUGGGCAGGUUAGAGCUCACCUUCGCCUUGAUAAAAAAGAUGACUCUUUGGUUGGUCCAGCACUCAGUAAGGAGGAAAAAGAAUUGGAAAGAAGAAAGGAAUUAAAGAAAAUACGAGUGAAAUAUGGUUUGCAGAAUACAGACUAUGAAGACGACAAAGCACUGAAGAAUCCAAAAUAUAAAGAUAGAGCUGGGAAACGUAGGGAGCAGAUUGGAAGUGAAGGAACUUUCCAGAGAGAUGAUGCUCCUGCAUCUGUUCACUCUGAAAUUACAGAUAGCAACAAAGGUCGGAAGAUGCUGGAGAAGAUGGGGUGGAAAAAAGGAGAGGGCCUGGGGAAGGAUGGUGGAGGAAUGAAAACUCCGAUUCAGCUUCAGCUCCGAAGAACACAUGCAGGCUUGGGGACAGGCAACCCAUCCUCAAUCGAAGAUGUUCACCUUUUCCAGAACAAAAGCAGAAAGAACUGGGAAAAGGCUCGAGAGCGGUUUGCUGAAAACUUUCCUGAAACGAAACCUCAAAAAGAUGUACCAGGGACCUUGCCUUGGGUAAAAGGGACUAUAGAGUGAAAGUCAAUCAUUGAACAACAGUCAUGGUUUUUUUU